UCAUCACAGCCAUCUUUGGACGAUAUAAUAGAAAUAAGCCUUGGAAGCUUUGGUUGGACUCAACUCCUUCAAUCUCUCCUUGUGUCCUUCUCAAUGUUCUUCGAUGCACAACAAUCAUUCAUCAGUAUCUUCACUGAUGCUCACCCUUCAGAAGCUUCUGAUAUCUGCAAGAUUCCAAGAUCUUCUUCGUGGGCUUGGGAUGGUCUCUCCCCUAAGACAAUCAUAUCCCAGUGGCAUCUUGAAUGUGCCAGUUCCUUCAUUACAGGCUUACCUCAAUCUUCCUUCUUCAUGGGUUGCUUGCUUGCUGGCUUUCUUCUUGCCUCGUCCGCUGAUUCAUCCCUUGGCAGGAAGAACCUGCUCUUUCUCUCUUGUUUAACCAUGUCGAUUGUUUCAAGCAUCAUUGUGUUUUCCCCCAACGUCUGGGUCUACUCAGCUUUCAAGUUUCUGAUUGGGUUUUGCCGCUCAUCGAUCGGAACUUGUUCUCUGGUUUUGCUGACAGAAAGAGUUCAAAAAGAGUGGAGAUUUCGAGUUGGUGUCCUCGAGUAUAUUUGGUUCACAUUAGGGUUUAUGUCCUUGCCUGGUAUAGCUUAUGUUCACAGACAUUCGUCAUGGAAGUCUCUUUACCUGUGGACUUCAAUUCCUGGAAUUUUCUACUCCCUUUUCGCUUACAUUUUUGUCACAGAGUCUCCAAGGUGGCUUCUCAUGCGAGGUCGAGAAAAAGAAGCCAUGGCUAUGCUCAAAGGAAUCACUCCUGAUUCAACAGAAGAACAUGGCGGAACCAUAACUUCAAGUCAAUUAGCAGAACUUGCUCAACAACAAAGUAGUGCUUCUUCAACUUCUUCCAACCCCUACUCAUCGAUUAGAGAACUUUAUGAGAAAACUUGGGCUCUUAAACGAUUAUUAGCAGUUAUGGUGCUUGGCUUUGGGAUUGGAAUGGUGUAUUUUGGCAUUCCUUUGAACAUGGGAAACUUAGGCUUCAACAUAUAUCUGAGUACUUUCUUUAAUGCUUUACUGGACAUACCAGCUUUCAUAGCCACUUACUUGUUGGAUAAUUGCAGGAGAAAGCCUUCAAUUCUGGGCUUCUGUAUAGCAACUGGGAUUAGUUGUUUGAUUUGUGGUGUGAUCACUACAAAUGAUGAGAUUCUUCGCAAAAUGAAACUAGGGCUUGCUUUGAUCUCAUUCUUCAGUGUUGGGACAGCUUUUAAUAUGUUUCUGAUAUACGUAAUAGAGCUAUUCCCUACAUGUGUGAGGAAUAUUGCAACAUCAAUGGCGAGGCAGGCCAUUGUGUUUGGAGCCAUAUUCAGCCCAUUUUUGAUAUCAGAAGGAAGGAAAAAUGACUUGUUCUCUUAUGGCGUGUUUGGGGUGGUUAUAUUAUGUAGUGCUUCUUGUAUUCUACAGUUGUUUGAAACCACAGGACUUACUCUCUCUGAUACUAUGGAUCAACAGGAGAGGAAAGAAAGCAGAAAUGUAUAA